AUGAAGGGAGGAUGUGGCGGUGGGGGAAAUGGAGGAAUAUGCGCAUAUGGAGAUAGUGAUUCAGGUUCUGGGGGUGGUGGAGCGACUUCAGUUUUUCUUGAAAAAAGUGACAUCGAAUCACGAAUAUUAGUUUCUGCAGGGGGCGGUGGGAGCUAUAGAGGCUAUUCUGGCGGCUAUGCAGGUGGAUUAAUUGGAGGAGAUGGAAAAGGACCUGUGUAUACGGCAAUUGGUGCAACACAAACUGAUGGGUUCGAAAAAGGAAUUGGUCAAAAUGGAGGGAGCAAAUAUUAUUAUGCAGAUGGUGGUGCUGAAGGAAAUUGCGGCUCUGGAGGAGGAUAUUGGGGAGGCACUGCAAUACAGAAUCAAGGGCGAGAUUCAGAUGCUCCAGGGAGUGGUGGAAGCUCAUAUAUUUCAGGUCAUCCUGGUUGCAGAAAUUAUUCUGGUUACAUUUUUAAAAAACCUAUCAUGCUUGGAGGUAAUGAAACUAUAGCACUCCCUAAUUGUACUAAGUCUGUCGGAAAUCUUGGAAAUGGCCAUUUCAGAAUCAAAUAUUAUGGUCCAACCUUUGAUAUUGUUCCUUCAAUCAAAUUUCGUGUAAGGAAACGCUAA